GAACGAAGGGAAGGAAGGUCGGGGAGGCGAGGGAGAGGGAGAGUGUGGGUUCGUAGACAGAGCAAGCGACGCGGGGGGAGGAUGUGGGGAGUGGCGACGUAGGGAAGAUCAACAGGAAAGGGAAAGGCGAGGGCACUGUAGCCACGAAAACGAAUUUCUUGGUUGGUUCCUGAAGGACAUCUCCGCACCAAUUAACUGGAAGAGCUAGCCCGUCUGCUGCUGCAGCAGCAGCCGAGAGCGAGCGAGCCAAGUUUGUCAGCGUGGGAAAAGAAACAGCGACAUUCCGAAAAUCAGACUUCAUGAUCGUGGGCAAUAUGGACAGCAAUUUUCUUCUUUUCCAUGUUGUGGAGAAUUGGACCACCUCUCGAGUCGGAGACCGUUGAAGCUACUAUAGGGGGUCACUGAAGUAGUUUAGGUGGAUGUUGGAAAUUCCACUGGCAAAUAGCUAGCCCCAGGUUUUCCGGUAGACCCUCGAAGCUUGAGCAUGCUCGAACUUGGCACUGUCGAAUUUAGAAUCGAUCAACGAUGUGGACAAUAUAUGGCAGGACAGGUUUUGUGAUAGGGGUGCAUAGUGCGUGCAGUUAUGCGGUUUCAGGGACAUCAAAAUCACUGCUGCCUAAAGCGGUCUCUUGCUUCUCUCCCUUAUAGAAACUUUCAGUUCACAGGAGGCAGUGGAUGCUCGUAAUACUGCAAAUAGGAUGUCAAUUUUGAGACUUCCAAUGCACGAAAAGGGUGAAAAGGAAACUUGGGAAAUUUCUGCACAACGAGUCCAUGUUGCUAUGCUGAUCAGGCCAGGGGCUAAACGACUAUUGAUGGAUGAAAAGACUCUUGGAUGCUGCAAAGGAACUGCCCAAUCGGCGUACGAUGCCGGUUAUGUGGCCUGAGAAUAUUAUACAUCUCAUGUCAAUGGAUCGAAGACAUCAGUGGGAUCCAGAGACUCUAGCAGAGGAAAGCUUAUUAGUCCGAGAGAGGACCUUUGCAGAUCCGGAACGUCUAAUGGAGCUUUUGCAUACAAGUGAGUCCGGACUGAUUCAGUUGGCAACCCUAGCGAAACAGUGGGAGAGAAGACAGGCCAAUGCCGUCCGACUUUUGCGGCAGCAACUUGAUACCCUGAAUAUGCAGAGAAUAGAGGCUGAGCGCAAGCAUCGCCAAAUUCUUGAAGAACAAUGGAGUCCCAGGCUGAACAGUUCAGCUUACACCAUCAAAAGAGAAGAUGGUGCCGAAUCAACAAGCCCUAUGGAGGAAGACGAAAUGUCCAGCUCAGGUGGUUCUGGUUCAAGAGGAUCAUUGGUAGGAAGUGUCAGCGGCUCAUUUGGGGAUGAGCAGGAUGGAUCCGUGGAGUAUUGGAAAGAAAGGGCCAAGACCUUGGACCAUCUUCUAGCAGAAAGUUUGCAAAGGGAGCAAGUUCUCCUGAGCAGAUUGCAUGAAAAUCUGGUGGAACCUACUGUAUCUUUACCACUGGAGGAGUUGCAAGAUCAUCUGCAGCGUUUGGACAAUUUUCUUCAUUUCACUCUAAGAAAGGCUCCUGUUGUUGUAGGUCAUCAGGAUAAGGAACUACGGUAUCGGUUCGUCUACAACGCUUUUCCAACCCUAGCAGAAGAGGAAGUGAUGGGCAAAACCGAUGCAGAAAUCUACUCAGGACUUGGUGUCGAUGAGGUCACGGAGUUCAAGAGGGAAGUCCUACAAAGGGGAUGGCCUUUAAAACGUGAAAUUAAUUUUGACACGGAUCUAUUUGGCCCCAAAACUUUCAUCAUAGCAGCAGAGCCUGUAUUCAGCAAGACUGGCGACACACUUGGUCUGAAUUACGUGGCAAUGGAUAUAACUGAUGAGACUGCUUGUGGGUCCUGUUUCGUCCGUGGCUGCUUUCGGGCUGCCAAGCGGGAGAAAAUCAUAUGCUUGCGGGAGGAUAUUGCUGUACAGAAGGCCAUGGAAAGUGAACUUCACAAAACCAUCGACAUCACAGAAGAGACAAUGAGGGCAAAACAAAUGCUUGCAACAAUGUCACACGAGAUUCGGUCACCCUUGUCUGGUGUCGUAAGCAUGGCAGAGGUUUUAGCGACAACCAAGCUAGAUACUGAGCAGCGCCAAUUGGUGGACGUUAUGAUGUCCUCUGGUGAUCUCGUGCUACAACUUAUCAAUGACAUCCUUGAUCUGUCGAAAGUAGAAUCAGGAGCUAUGAAAUUGGAGGCCAAAAAGUUCAGACCGAGAGAGGUUGUGAAGCACGUGUUGCAAAUGACCCUUGCUUCUGUGCAACAUAAGCACCUUGUUUUGGAAGGAGAUGUCGCCGACGAAGUUCCCGUCGAGGUAAUAGGGGAUGUCUUGAGAAUCCGACAGGUCUUUACGAAUCUAGUCAGCAACGCAAUCAAGUUUACACACAAGGGCGUGGUUGCGAUAAAAAUGAGGUUGGAGUCAUCUCCAGAUCCACCUGCUAGUAAUAGAGCGUUUGCAAAGUUUCAAACGAACAAGGCUUGCAAGCCUGUGAUUAAUGUCGGCCCAAGUUCUUCCCCAGAUUCAUCCUCUGUAGCUCAAAGUAUAAAUAACCAACAAGGUUCUCCUCCCCGUCCACUCGCUCAAAAUUCGAGUGAAGCCAAUAACCAGGUUGACCCGAAAGACGGUUCUGAUUCUUCCCAAAUUUCCAGAUCUACGUCGACAGCCUCCUCGGUUUCUACUUUGUCAUCUGUUUCUUCUACUCUGUCCUCCCUCUCAUCGGCAUCAUCAUUUUCUACAAAAGCUCUGGAUGAAGUUAGCGGCGUUGAACCUGAAGAUGCAACGCCUCCAUCUGCGGGCGCAAUGUGGGAAUCCCCGAAAUCGUAUGAGAAGAGUGCUGAAGUCAUUUGGCUCCAUUGUGAAGUCUGUGACACCGGUAUUGGAAUUCCAGAAGCCGCACUUCCGAGCCUUUUUGAGAAAUACACACAAGUCAGCACGACUCAUGCUCGAAAGUACGGUGGUACAGGUCUGGGAUUGGCCAUCUGCAAGCAAUUGGUCGGUCUAAUGGGUGGCACGUUAAAGGUUGCCAGUAAGGAGAAUGAGGGUUCUACUUUCUCAUUCACGUUGCCUUUGCGGGCUGUGAAAGAGAAGCCAAGCCAGGUCCAGUUGAAUGACAAGGUUUAUCGGAUGAUAUCGGAUACUCAAGAGAAGACGGAAAUGUCUUCAAAAAAGAGAGGGUACUUCCAGUUCACUCCUAAUGUAAUCCCGUCAACCGUGGGUUCCACGAGACCUCUUCUGCACAGUCCUAAUGCGGACGGCAAAGGAAAGAAUGGUAAAGCGAUGGAUGUGAGCAAGCUAAGACAGAUGUACGGGGAAUCAUUCGCCCAGAAUUCUCAGCCUGGUGGUCUUGGAGACCAUUCCCAGACAGGCGAGACGAACAGCACAGCAGACAAAGCUUUACUGAAGGAGGAAAACAGAUUGCCAUUGAGCAGUAGAGAUGUGACGGGAAGCUCAAGUUCGCAGUCUUGUUGUGACGGGCCAUCAGACCUCAUACAUAAACGUGGCUGUGCAGCGACUUCUGACACAAGCUGUCAACUUCCUCCACCGUCACUAAAGUCAAAUACUUUGAAGAAUAAUGCGGGUGGAUCGAAGGCUUCCAUCCCGCCUCUGCCACCAGCACGACUCUUGAAUUCCAGCCCUAGUGCCGAUCAACGAGCACAAAGAUUACCGAGAAUUCUUCUUGCUGAGGACAACAAGGUGAAUGUAAUGGUUGCGCAGUCCAUGCUGAAGAGGCUCGGGCACUCCCUGGAAGUAGUGAGUAACGGAGCUGAGGCCGUACAUGCUGUCCAAAAGAGCAACUAUGAUCUGAUUUUGAUGGAUGUAUCAAUGCCAGUAAUGGAUGGGCUCGAAGCAACAAGGCUCAUACGCAGAUUCGAGGAUACGGGCCAAUGGUUGUAUAGUGAAGAGCAGGGUGAUACCGAAAGAAGUGGAUCCUCCUCGUCUUCUGCAGAUAACUCGGUCGUAUCAGAAAAGUCCGAGACAGCUGGAAUGUUAAUAGCCUCCCCCAGGCAACGGACUCCAAUUAUUGCGAUGACAGCGAAUGCCUUGGCAGACAAUGUAGUCGAAUGCUACAAUCAUGGGAUGGAUUGUUUCAUCGCAAAGCCUGUCACUUUUCAAAAGCUUGAACAGGUGUUGAAGCAGUUUAUACCAUGGCUGGAUCAUCAAAGGGGCGCAGUAUGCUGAGUAGUUAACCUCCCCGAUUAUGUGUAGAUUACUUAGUCUCAAUUUUUUUCCCUCAAUAUUGAAAUUGACACCGCUGGAUUACGGCUGAGUUACAACGAGAUGGGAAACACAUAAGUCCUCCCAUUUUCUGGAGGGGGUUUGCUGCCCAGGUCAAAGUGGAGCUACACCCUGAAAAUGUUAGAGCAUUCACUUCAAGUGGUUUGCUGUGGGUUCUGACACUACAACGGAAAUCACCUUAUCUUAGUCAAUCAGUCAGGUGAACAUAUCCCAACAACAGCUUGAUGCAUGUAGCGUAGAUUUAGUGGCAGCAUCAGCUGAGUACAUGAACCACAGAGUUGAGAUGAGUUUCCUGGGGCAUGUGGCUAACGCCAUUCAAUUUUUUAGUAACAGUUUUCUCCACCUACCCCCAAUAUUUAUUGUGUCCAGACCAUUGUGCAGGUAAGUGCCCACACUGUGUGAAUUUGUACCAUAGUUCGGCUUGUUUGCUCCUAAUAAGUAAGCUUAAUUUCAACACGC